AUGGGGAAUGCCAUGGUCCAGGAGUUCGCACAAGGUUUACAACCUGUGCCGCCCAAGAAGAAGGGGCGGACAUCUAACAUGGUCUUGGUCGCCGGCCACAUCCGCAAGGUCACCAAGAAGGGUGAGGAGCCUGAGGAUCGGCGAGUAGAGAUCUGGGUGCAGGCAGAGAAGGAUGCCACGGUUGGCUGGGUACUCAGCCGAGUCAUCGAGGAGCUCGCAAAGAAAGAG